AGGAAUGAUAAAUUCUCGUGUAUACCAUCUGAGAUAUCUUUUGUAAAUACUGCAUGCAAGAUGAGAUUUUAAAACUAAACACAAGAGAAUUAAUUAUUAAUCGUUUAUACGUAAACGACAACACGUCGCACAGACAAUUUUGCGAAAUUGCAGUAAAUUUCAACGUCGAAACUCGAAAGAAGCAAUAAACUUAUCGGAAUUUCGGUUGCAUUUUGGGCAGUAUAAACGAUUCGUACUCGAGAUUCAACAAGGUCCAUCUCAAGAAAGCGGCAAGUAAUUGUCUGCAUGUCAGAGUUCAAGCUUGUUUUUCCGGGAUUCAUAUAGCGGAUUAUGCUGUAGCGAAGGUUAAGGUUUCUUUGUGAUUCCAGGAAGCGUUUAAAACUAUACCGAGAAUAACAUCUAUAUAUACACGGGCAAUGGUUGAAGGCAGUUUUCGAAGCGUCGAUCCUCUAGCCUAUUACGUGAACAGCCUUGACGACUUCGACAGAGAGGUUGUCGUAGCGUUUAAGGAGAAAAAAAGCGAUGUUUUGAAAAGAAUCACCUCGCAAGAAGGCAAAGGGGAGUACGAUAUAUUUAUUUGCGUGUCGAAGAGUUGGCAUGGCUUCGUAUUGUGUGUCCCUGCCGGAACCGAUCCGCAAUUUGCAGACAUGAUUGAAGACGUUAUAAAGUCCCCAUUCGACGUUCCAGAUAAAAUCCUAUGUUUUGCCUACGAGUUGUGCUUCGAGAAGGAAAAGAUGCGGACGUAUAAGAUCCGAAAGACCUUCACGCUUUUCGAAAACAUCAAAGGAAGGAUCGGUUCUCGGAGCUACUUCAUUGGCCAUUACAAAAACAUUGGCCCGUUGAGUUUUCAGCUCGCCGCAAUGAGAGCGGCGCCACAUCGUUACGCCGUGCUUCUCAACGACUGUGUUGAGUUCUCCAAGGAGUUUUGUAUCCAAGCGUUGGCUUACAGCUCCAAUUGGCGAGAAAUCGAGGAGGGGGUGAACGAGAACAUCAAGAAAGCCACGGCUAGCGGCUACAGCGUCGAGUAUCUCUCGCGAAAAGUGGAAAGCGCAGGUUUACUGGGGAACUUCUCGUUUGGAGGGACUGACGUGAGCAGCUUUUUGACGGAAAGAAGCAAGGCUCUCACGACUUUAGUCGUCAUUGUGUUCAUGCUGGUGUAUCCCAUUUUAGUGUUUGUUGUCUGUUUUAAACUCGCAAAAUAUAUAUCUUAGAAUGACUUGGGAGUAUUCUUGGAGCGUAUUCAGUUACGAAUUUGAUAUUUCAACGUAAAGCGACGUAUAUUUUGUAAACAUAUGUGAGUGAACUCAUUUGAAAACCAGCAAGACGCCAUAAUGUCGUAAAACAAAAGUAAACUAAAACUCGGCAUUGUCACUGAUCAUGUAUGUUUCCA